GCCUUCGCUUGCAAGAUGGUACCAUUUGUUCAAUCCACUGCUAUUGUAACUGAGAUUCUUACAAUGACCUGCAUUGCUGUGGAAAGACACCAGGGAAUUGUGCAUCCACUAAAAAUGAAAUGGCAAUACACCAAUAAAAGAGCUUUCACGAUGCUUGGCAUAGUCUGGUUGCUGGCAGUUAUUGUUGGGUCACCUAUGUGGCAUGUGCAACGCCUUGAGGUUAAAUACGACUUUCUAUAUGAAAAAGUGUAUGUUUGUUGCUUGGAACAAUGGGCCAGCCCGAUUUAUCAGAAGAUAUAUACGACCUUUAUUCUUGUUAUACUCUUCCUUCUUCCACUGAUGUUGAUGCUUUUUUUGUACACUAAAAUUGGCUACGAACUCUGGAUUAAGAAACGAGUGGGAGAUGCCUCAGUUCUUCAAACCAUUCAUGGGAGUGAAAUGUCUAAAAUAUCAAGGAAGAAGAAGCGAGCAAUUGUUAUGAUGGUGACAGUGGUGUUUCUCUUUGCAGUCUGUUGGGCCCCUUUUCAUGUGAUUCACAUGAUGAUAGAAUACAGUAAUUUUGAAAAGGAGUAUGAUGAUGUGACAGUCAAAAUGAUCUUUGCAAUCGUGCAGAUUAUAGGAUUCUUCAAUUCUAUUUGCAACCCUAUUGUGUAUGCUUUCAUGAAUGAAAACUUCAAGAAAAAUUUUUUGUCUGCCAUCUGCUUCUGCAUUGUCAAAGAAAAUGCAUCACCAGCCAGGCAACGUGGGAACUCGGGGAUUACUAUGAGGCAGCAAAAGGCAAGUGUUUCUCUGAGAGAUCCCAUUGACUCAGACGAAGCCAGGAGGGAGGCAUUCAGCGAUGGCAACAUUGAAGUCAAGUUCUGCGAUCAGCCAGCUUCGAAGAAGAAUUUGAAAAGGCAUCUUGCCUUGUUCAGCUCUGAGCUUACUGUGCAUUCUGCAUUAGGAAACGGACAGUAGCAUCACAAAAGUUUUGAGCGUGGAAAAAGCAUUCUCUUUGUGUGAUAACUUUGAAUAAGCCAUUUAAAAUAAUUUUCUACUUUGCAUGCUGAAAUGAGGGGAAAAAAUUUGUGGAUUAUAAUAAUGCUGGGAUGCUGGUUGAGAAAAUGUAAUAUAUUUUAUAAAGAUGAGGAGUAAAACUUUGGAAAACAA